AUGGCGGACGCAGCGAGCAAGGGCAAGGAUGUGCAGGAGGAAUCUUUUGGAGAGAAGAACGGGGUCGAAGACGACAGGAAGGAGAGUGGAAGCGAUUCGCAGAGUGAGUUGAGCUUCUGGUCUUUGAUCGAGCUCUUGAGCCCUCUAUCGCCGAUGGCAUCGUCGAUGGCGGAGAGGACGGAGGACUCGAAGAAGAAGAAGAAGAAGAUCCCCUACGGGUUCAGAGAAUCCUUAGUCCCCGAAGAUUAUGUCCCUCCUCCCAAGAAGCAUCCCAUCGUCUUCGAGGGCUCAAUGAUCGGCAAAGAGCUGCACGUGAGGAACUUUCAUCGGCACUUUGCUUGUUACCAACCGACGGACUUCAACGAAGCGCUUGUAAACGAACUGGAGAAGCUCGGAGAGUACAAGCUGCCAGCAUGGUACUCCUCGAUGCUAUGCAGUGCAGCACCGACUCUGGUGGAGCACUCAGUCAAGUAUGAGAGAGUGGAGCUGUACGACAGCUCGGGAGGGCUUCUUGCCGUCGACUGGGCCUUCCCUGAGGCGAACGACUGCUGUCCUGACGGAGAACCCUCGAGCGAGUGUGUUCUCUGUGUGUUCCCAGGACUGGCUGGGCACAGCGACAAAGAUUACAUCCGCAGCUUCGUCAAGAGAAUCCUGACGGCCCUCAGGUGGAAAGUGUGUGUGCUGAACUGGCGAGGGUUCAACUGCCCGCUGAAGAACGGGAAGGUGUCGAGUCCCGUGGACCUGACGGACAUGACCAUGACGAUCUACCAUGCCUCCAAGCGGUUCCCCACCUCUCCGAUCUUCGCUGCUGGGUUCUCGAUGGGGUCAAAUCAGCUAGUCAAGUACAUCGGGAUGAACGCGGAGGAUCACAUGCUGACCGCUGCCUUGUCGGUCUGCAACGGGUUUGAGUACGAGCUUCACCUGCAGCGGCUGGAGCAAACUCCGCUAGGAGAGCAGGUCUACAGCCGGGGGAUGACGUACCUCCACCAGGAGUACCUCAGGAACUACGGGGAGGAGCUGCGGGAGCACGUCGAGGGCUUCGAGCUGGAGAAGGCGCUUGCUGCUGCGAAGCACUCGGAGCUGGACGAGGUGCUGGUGAAGCAAGUGUACGGCUACCACGACAUGCAGGAGUACUACAAUCAGGUUGCAAGCCGGCCCUUCAUCUCCAAGGUCAACAUCCCCCUGCUCUGCCUCCAGUCCAGCGACGACCCGCUCUUCACGGAAGGAGACUGGAGGCACGUGCUGCCGGUGGAUGAGCUGCAUGACAACAAGCACAUCGUCUACUUUGAGAGCGAGUACGGCAGUCAUCUCAACUUCGUGGAGGCCACCAUCCAGCAAGGGCUGCUGCGUGAGGAGUACACGUUCUGCGAUCGAGCGGCAGAAGCGUUUUUCCGCUUUGCUUCGAGCACCUCGGAUCGAAAGAUUUUGUUCUAA